AACACACUAGGCCUGGUUUAGCUAGCGUAUCAUGAGACCCGCUACCACCAGUUGGAGGCUGGCUGAGGGGUGUUCUCGACUUCCGAUGAAGUUAAGUUCGCAGGUCCCUCUCUCCGCCAACAGGGGAAACUAACCAUCAUUUCUUCAUACGAUAUUAUCGCUGUUCCUAGCUAUAAUGCCCGUCCUCGUCUCUUUCUCUUUGAGAAAUAUUGGGUGCUCGACGCUGACCAAGCUGUGGGCAUAGCAAUCCAAGUUGGGGUUGUCUGCCGUUGUGGUGCCCACCCCUCCUUCGCAAGAGCUGGCCCGCGUAUUAUACUAGCAGUGCCCCUCAUGCCUACGUGGCUGGCUGACCAUGUUUGCCCACCAAUUUCUGCAUCCCAGCAGCUCGGCCCACCGACCUUACUGGCUAUAGCAUGAGGUACUCGACUUCUUGACACUUGUGACCAAUGGCCCUUCGCUCCUCGACCCAAAGAUGAGCUGCCGCGCCAGAUAUGGCGCUGUCAUAAGACGGUAAAGGGAGCUAAAUGGCUGAGGGAGAGCCACAGAUGCAUCAUGAUCCCCUUUGGGAGGUCGACAGGGUUAUAGGCGAACUGUAUCAAACGUGGCUGGCAGAGAGCUGGCGCUCUCUGGAGAAGGAAACACCAGACGAUUCUACUUGGUCAUGGAGAGGAGAAAUAUUGAGCUGACAGGGACAUCCUCCUGUCCUUUUUUUCCAACCCUCCUCAUUCUUCAAGCUCACAUAUCAUACCUCAACGAUGGAUAGCAGCGCCUCCUGUCUCUCCAGUCCUCAAUAUCAGUGUGACUUCGUCAUCGCUACCACCCAGGCCAGCAUCAACUCCGAUCUUUGGGAGUUCCUAGCCGAAUCGACCCAGGAGCCGGAGUAUAUCUGCUUCUUGGUGGACGACGACUCGGACAACCCGGGAUCACAGAUAAGCCUGCAAGAUCUACUGAAAUUGACCAAUGGAGUGAACCCCUUUGACAUUGACGAGGACACUCCGUACGAUGACCCCGACAUCACCGCUCUCACCAAUGCCGGCUUUGUGGUCGGGAUCAAGAUGCAAAUUGGAAUCCCCCCCGGUUACCUGCCGAAGAACCUGCCGCCCAUUGUCGACUUCGGUAACAGUGCCAGUAAUGUGAAUUUUAAUCUAUAUUGCUCGGACAUCACAGUCAUCCAGAACUCGCCCCCAUCAGGGUUCCAUAAGAAAGAUGGACAUUGGAGAGUCUGGAACCAGCCCUACCCUUCCAGCUCCACCGACCAGCCCUGGAAUGUACAGACACGCGUUGAUCUCGUCAUGGGCGAUUUGGCCAGGGAGCUGGAUACUCCCUACUUUCAGAGCCAUCCAGAGAUCCGAGACCAGCUGCUGCGAGCCUUGGACAAUACGUCUGGCACUGCCUUCAGUCUUCAACAGUUGUUCUUUGAUCUAGAUAACGCGGUUCUGGAGACAACCCCAACAUUCCCUGGGAUCCCCCCUGGUUCGAGCGCGCUCGUGGUCUUGGAGCAGUCCUUUGUCAAUAUCUACAGUGCAAAUGCCAAGAAAUAUGGCUUUCCCCUUGUGUCCGUCACAGCGGUUCCGACGGAGCCUGAUCCCUCCUCAUUACAGAUGACGGCAUUCGAGCGGAUCGUGAGCCCCCUGAAGGACUAUGAGGGGGAUCCAAUUACCCACCCUAGCGCGGACGAGCAGGGGGUAACGACGUUAAACCAUAUCUGUAUGGUUCAGAACAACCGGCUUCCAUCAAUCGCAACCUUUGGCUGGAACUGGGUGCUACCACGCGAUAUUGACGAAAAAAGUGGCAUGAUCGCCAUCAAUCGCAAUAUCCUAGCUCAGUACGUGUUCGACACUCUUCGCCCAGCGGCCAAUGCCUGCUGCUAUACGCCCUAUAUCCAUCCCAAAUGGGAUUUUGGGGUUACGCCUGGAGCGGAUCCGCAGAUCGCCGAGGUUCUCUCGGAGGGGAAUCAUGUCAUUCACAUUGAAUACAACAACUUUGGCGAGGGAUUUGGAGGAGAUCAUAAUGCUGAUAUUUUGCCGGACGCCCCUUGGAUCAAAAUGACGCCCAGUUAUACCUGCGAUGUCUACUUUGAGCAGCAGGAAAUUCGCGUCGAGCAGCAUCUUUUGCUCCGGGUCGGGGUAAAGCUCGGCAAAGAUGUACCCUACUCGGGCGAGUAUGGGGAUGAGCUGAACAUGUUGGACCAGACCCUGACCGAAGUAUACAGUAUUUCAGUGACCAUGAAUGGAGACCUGCAGCUGACAAGUAUCGAAAGUGACCCUCAGGAUCACUCCGAAAAGGCGCCUCCGCAGGACGACAACUAUGUGCACUCGUUCUUGAUCCUGGCCAUCAACAUGAUUAGCGACCAGCUCAAACCCAUGAUGUCCGGCGGGAUCGACGACCUGCAAAUUAGCCAAAUGCAGAAUUUUGUCUUCCCUGGAGCCAAGGUCUACACCUACAAGAACCCUUCCUUCUCUGAUUACCAAGAUCUGGUCUGUGAGAUUACCUAUCUGGACCCUCUUGAGGGGAAUUCCGUCAGGCGCCGGGGGAAUCUUGCCUCGUUUGGGCAGAAAGCCUCUAAAGCGUCUAAAGGCUCUCCUGGGCAACUGUCCGUCGCUACAGAGCUCAUGCAAAACUACGUCCAGGGAGAAGUCAUCGCACCCGCUGGCAAGUUCGAAGGCCUGCAAAGUAGUGAUGGCCAUGCCCUGCUCUUUGCUAUCGACUCAUCUGGAGUCUUGCAUGUUAUUGAGGAGCAAAGUGGCAGCUCACAUACUGGAUGGGAGGUUCACGACCUUUCCACAGCCGCCAUCCAAGCCCAGUUUCCUGGCCAUGAACCUCCCGUCCCGGUGAUCACCUUUGACGUCGCCCAGAGCUUGGAUGGUAACAUCAGCAUGAUGAUGGUCGUCAACUUAGAUGGCGAUGAUCUUCUCUUGCUUUCGCUGGGUAACUCAAGCAAAGAUACAUCUUGGCUGGCAAAGCCGGCAUGGAUAGCAGUGUCCUUUGAUGCAGCUGAUGAGCAAAAUCAAAAAAUCACCAUCACUGGCACAAUGAUCGCCGAGGCUCAGGGUGGCACGCAGUACCUGGUCGUUGAUAUCGAUCGCCCUUCAGGAAACGCGGCCGAUCCGCACAUCACCCGGUACCAUAUCGACUACCCGAAUCGUGAGACUGGCCAUUACUGGGUCAAACACGAUGUUAGCAUCGAUAUCUCGGCUGGGAACUAUCAAAGCUGUGUAGGACAAGUGAAGAACGGUUUUGGUGAUGGGAUUUACACUGCCGGGACAACAGGAGGACAACCACAGUUUGUUUAUGAGCCCAUCGUCAACUACUUUGGCCGUGGCCCUCCCACACCACGUCGGCUGUCUCUUCCAGGAGGGUCCGCUCCCUCGGCCAUCACCACAUCUCGCAAUAAAGACCAUACUACUGAUCUUUACGCAGUCAGUGGCUCCACUUUGUACUUGUACCCGGCAGACAAGCAGACAGAGAACGUAGCACCAAUAGCAGUCAUUACAAAUGACCUCUUCUCCGGGACUGACACACUCCGAGCAAUGAUCCACGGCGGAGUGACAACCCUCUGGGGGAGAAACGACAAGUACCAAGUCUACUACGUUUCCUGCCCAGUGAAGAAGUUGGCGCAACCUGACGCCUGGAGUACUCCUAUCCUGAUUCUUUCCGGUAUCGAGCGCCUCUCUGCUUUCAUUAACCGCGCGGAUGGUGGUAACACUGUUUUUGCCUCCGGCAAUGGACGACUCCAGAAGAUCAUCCAGGCGCCAGCUUCUGCUGGACGGAUAUGGCGAGCACAGGAGAUUAUGCUGGCUUCACAGCCAAAGCAGAAAUCUCUUAGUUUCAAGUCAUAUACCACGUCGAUCCAUGUUACCCAGAGUGACAAUGAUUCACCGGCGCCCAAUGUUGCGGUUAAUAUAUCUGCUAAUAGUCGUGCUCCGGUGUACAUCAAUGGCCUCUAUUACGUUUUGUCGUCCACUCCUACCCAGAUAUCCACCGAUGCGACGGGUUCAAUCACCGUGGUUGAGGCGGUGGAAGGCAUCAACGGAACCACGCUGACCAUCGCCGUUGACGGAGACGACGAUCAAGCUGUAAUCCUGAACCCCAUGGACCAUACCUUUGGCAAAUUUACAGCGCUUGAUUCCUCGGAUAAGUUAACUAGCGCGCAGUUCCCAGCUCAGACAACUGCUGGGGGCGUGGUUGGGUCGCCUGGGAGCCAACCUCUUAUACCAUCGUCAACAAGUCAAGAUGAUGUCGACACGCUAUCUCAGCAUCUCGGUCUAAUGAAGGAAAGCUAUGCCAAUGCGUCAAACGAAAGCAAAGCUUCGUCCGUUCAAGCUUUCGUGCGUCGUCAUAAUGGGGUCGUGCCCGCGGCUCUGUUCAGCAAGGGAAACAUCCGGGUAUCUAAUACUGGACUCUUCGAUGGUCUCGCUGCGGCAGCGGGUGAUCUUUUUAAUUGGUUAAAGAGCGCAUGGGACGAUGUUGUCGAUACGGUGGAGCAUGUUGCGAAGGUGGUUUACGAUGAGGUCAGUGAUAGCCUGCACUUUGUGGUCACUAUUGCCGGUCAAGCCUACCGCGCCGUGCUGGAUACAGUCGAUGCAGUCGUGGGUGCGAUGGAGUGGGUGUUCAAGGCUGUGAAAACCGCCAUCGAGGAUAUCAUCCGCUUUGCUGAGUUUUUAUUCGAAUGGGACGAUAUCCGUCGGAGCAAGGACGUGCUGCAUAAUGUUUCCAAGCUGUGGCUGCAGGAUCAGGUCAACAACAUCUCGAAAGCGCAGAAGGCCUUUGAUGGGGCCAUCGCCGCUGCUGAGAAGGACAUCAAUAAAUGGGCAAACAUUGAUAACUGGGCUCCGGGCCUGGGGGAUGUAGCUGGGCAACCCCCCUCGGGCAGCAGCUCUAACCCAUCCAAGAAUCAGACCUCCAGCUCGAAAUUCCUGGCCGACAAGUACAGAGAUCACAGCGGCCAGUUGACGAUCGUGGGAGACUCUCCCUCUGUAUCAGGUGCAGAGGGGCUCCUUGACACUUUGGUCACAGCUAUUUCCAAUGAAGGACAAGUACUGGAGGCGACUUUCACCCAGCUGCAAGAUCUCGUCAAGCAAUUCUCCUCCUUGUCAGUCACAGACAUUCUCAAGCGCAUUGCAGCUAUCCUGGUUGAUACAACGCUUUCUAGCACACAGGUGGUGGUAGACGCUCUCCUAACUGUGCUAUCCCAACUGGCGCAGUCCGCCAUUGAUGUCCUCGACACGAAGAUACAUAUUCCUGUCAUUUCCGACAUCCUGAAUGACAUCGGGGUGCCGGAUCUCUCCAUCCUAGACCUUUUCACCUGGGUUGGAGCAGUGGCAGUGACUCUUGUCUACAAGGUCGUCGAGGGGCGUGCCCCGUUCCCCAGUGGUGACAGUUCUGUUCAGGCCAUGGUUUCUGCAAGCAGCUGGGAGGACAUGGCGGGCUUAUUCGGCCAGCAGACCCUUGGAUCAUUGCUCCUCCAAUCAUCCGCCUCUUCCUCCCGUGCCGACGAGCACAAGGGUCCGAUCUCCAUGCCAACCGAUAUCCAGAAAGCCGUCUUUGAAGGUCUACACAUGUUUAGCGGUAUCCUCUGUCUGGUUGGAAAUCUCCAGAAGGCCUUGGAGGCGGAGGACCAAACAGACAGUAAGCUGAUUGGCAUCCCAGCGACAAUCAUCGGUCUCACCUGCGCUGCUGCUACUGCAGCUGGCGACCUCCUCGUGCCCAUGGAUGGUGUCGAAAGCUUACCCAUCCGGAUAUUCUCCGGCAUCACCUCCGUCGCUGUCGUCACUUGUCUGGUGGUCUUCUCAAGCCUCGGCCAGCGGGUAUUCCCCAAGAUCAAGCUCGGGUCCCUUGUUGUCGAGGACGCGCGCGGAGUCGGUGCCUUUUUGGACAGCGUCCUCUGCAUCCAUGGCACCAUCGUGUCGAUCUGGCACUUCUAUGAACUUAGUCAGAAGUCCAAGAGUAAUACACGCGAUGCGGCCAUUGUCGGGGAAGUGUCGACCCUAGCCUCGAUCGCCUCGCGUCUUGCCUAUGCGUUUGCAGUCAAUGAUGAGGAGCCGGAUUCGCGGCUGAUUGCUAUUUUGGUGAUGGGUGCAGCGAAUGAUUUGGUGGGAGGACUGCAGUUGGCAGAGGUUGCUAUUGGCAAAUCGACUUUUUGAUUCAGUUUACAUACUAGGAGGGGUAUACUUCUUUCCGAAGGGUUCUCUUAUACUGUGUAUUUUGGUUCCAAUGUUUUUUAUGUCCUAGUUUAGUAUUUGGUAUUCAUGAAUUUACCUGAGUUGAUUACAUG